AAUCUUUGUGUUCCUCCUCUUAAAAGCUCUAUACAUGUGCUUCACUCGCUGUUUUGAUGGUACGCUGAAUCAUCAAGCUGACGUUAUGAAACCCACAUUUCCCAGUGCGCAUUAGCCUGACCCAGGGGUCUGAACAAUUCUUCCUGCAUGUUUAACUUUGUAAACACUCAAGGAUUUCACAAACACAGUCACCAUAACGGUUCAAGAAAGGUGUAUUUUGUCUAAGGAUUCUCUGUCAUUGCUGAACUGCCUUUGGGAUGUCGCGGCUAUAUGUUUUUUUAAUUUUGAUCUGUUUGCUUCUGGUGGUAGACGACAUAGAAAGCAGACGUCAUCGACGACGUUACCGCGGCAGAUCACGGCGAAGACAAAAUCACGACCACUUUGCACUUGGAGGACGCCUCAGACUACCUCGCUGGAAGUCCAGUUGGCUAUUUCCGUUUGCUGACAUCAAUCUUGCAUUUAACUACGGGGGCGGAUCCAGACAGUGGUGGGACGGUCCAAAUGUUUGUACAAGUAAAGAGAAAAGGAAUGAAACAACCCGAGAGGAUAUCACCAGUCACCAUACGUCUGUGUCAAUGACAUGCGAUGACAAGGGAACGUCGUAUAUAUGUACCGAAAUUGUCACGAAAAAUUUGGAGAAGACAACAGUGAAAGAAAUCAAGGAAUGUUGCCAUGGGUACAGCAGGCAUUCGGGGCAGUUUGGCUGUCCUACUUACCGCGAGCUAGACGACAUCGUGAGUACGGCCAGGGCUCUGAAUCUGACAGAUUUCCUUAGAGCUGCUAAGAGUAUUGGCCUACAGAGUAAACUACAAGACAACUCCGUGGCAAAUUUUACUGUCUUUGCACCUACCAACAAAGCUUUCAGCGAAACCCCCAACGUGCUGCCAACCGAUGAAUAUUCUAUUCUCAGUGAUAUGAACUCUGUCAUAAGAAUCUCACCACCCAUCAGCACAAUCAUCGUCAGCGACGCCUCAGAUCUAGUUUUGAGUCACGUGACGGGAGGGAUUCUGACCACCUCCAGACUAACGGACGAGCAGAUAAUUACCUCCGCAGGCUCCAAAUCCUCCACCAUCAGAGUCAACUUCUACGAUAUGGUCGGCGACGGAUUAAUGACUGCGAAUUGCAAACUGGUCUCAUCGCGUGACAACUUGGCUUCUAAUGGCGUCAUCCAUAUUGUUGAAGAGGUACUUCAACCAGUGACUAAAUCACUGAUGGACAUUAUCAGCAGCAAUCCACAGCUCAGCUAUCUUAAAACAGCUAUCGGUAGUACUGGACUAGGACAGGACCUCAGAAAUGAUGGACAAUUUACACUGUUUGCACCGUCGGACAACGCAUUCCAAAAACUGGACAACACUUUAUUGCAAACAAUCUUGAACGAUCAACGUUGUUUGAAAAAGGUUUUAUUCCAUCAUCUCCUUCCAAAUGUGAUUUGUUCCUCCGCGGUGUCAGAUAAGCAUAAGUCUAGGACCAAAAAUCAGUUGUCUAAUUACCUCUAUCUGUCACGUGACCAGGACAACAAGCUCUUCGUGGAGAAGUCACAGAUCAUCGACCGUGACGUCAUGGCCACCAAUGGUGUACUUCACCUGAUUGAUGACGUCAUUAUACCACACGAAGCUCUAGGAGUUCUAGAUGCUAUACAGAGAUUGAAUAUCACUCGACUACCAGAGUUGAUCAUCCAGGCAGGUUUGAAGAAAUCUUUGGAGCAAGCCGAAAACAUCAGUGUUUUAGUUCCUACAGACGAAGCAUUCAGGAAAAUGUCAACGUUUGCCAUGAACAGAUUAAAUGAUUCUCAGACGUCUCUAGCGGACACGCUUCGUUAUCACGUGAUUCCAACAGUAUCCACGUGUCAUGCAUAUGAUGGCUAUCAAUUCCCCACCUGGAACCCCCAAAAGAACCUUACUGUUCAUAUUGAUAUAUCGUUUCCUUUCUACGGAUCACGCACCGAUGAGUAUAUUCAAUGUUCUACCAUCGUGAAAUACAACAUCCCAAGUUGCAACGCCGUCAUUCACCUUAUAGACAAGGUACUGAUUCCUCCAGUAGGCACUGUGAUUGACGUACUUGCUGUGGACAAUCGUUUUACAGAGUUUGUUCGAUUGAUGAAAAUCUCCGGAAUGGCCGACCAAUUACAAAAGAAAGGACCAUAUACAGUUCUGGCACCAACUAACAAGGCACUGAAAGCAGUACCAGAGAGUGACAUGAAGGAAUUGGCAAGCAGUAAGGAGAAACUGGAAGAUUUUAUCAAGGAUCAUGUAAUUUUAGGACAUAAAUGCUGCUCUGCGUUCCAACGGUAUAUCAACAGAUAUAACAUAUUUCCGAGAAACCCGAUAUCUCUCCUUGGGAUGAGAAUUUCUGUGGAGGCAUCACAAGGACGGCUCACCUUGGGUUCCUCGCGGGUCAUUGAAUGUGACAUGGUGGGAACGAAUGGGGUCGUCCAUGCAAUUAGCGGAGUGUUACAAGAGGACAAGGAUUCUUUUUACUUUUUCUAAAACUAGAAUAGUGUGUCGGUUUUGAUUUAACUUUUAAUAAAGUGUGCCUUUGUCAAAUAUUACGUGUGCGUAAUUUUAGCUUGUGUUCAACUAAAAUACACUCUGUAUUUCCAACGUGUUGCAAUUGAUGGCUCGUCGUAUUUCCGUUUGUUUUUUUUCCUUUUGUUUACUAGUAAUUGUAUACGGUUGUAUAUUCUCCAUGUGUUCUGCCGCGGAUUCUUCUAUGAUUGUCAAUAAAGUUUAAAUAGCUCUA